AUGAGUCGUGCAAAUCAAGAGAAGGUUUCUGCAACAAAUUCUUCUGAAUUAAACAAAAUUCAUAGUAUAAUUAAAAAUUCUUCUUUUAAAAUUUUGGAAACUUGUAUAAAAACUGGAAAUGAAUUCUUAAAACAAGCCAAGAAAUGUGAUUUAGAUCGCUUAGGAUUGGCUCCGGGACUUGCAAAAAUCGAAACAGACACGAAAGCUUUAUCUGAACUGAACAACUUCUUUAAAAAAAUAGAAAAAGUUUUCAAACUUAAUGACGAUUUCAAGAUUAUGCUAGAACUGGGGAAGAUGACAGCUACUGACAAAUCGGUUAUGGCUAAAGUGAAAAAAGUCAAGAUGAUGUAUGAAACAACUGGAGAGGAACUUAACUUAAUGAUUGAUAAUGUUCCAGCUGAUAAAAAAACUCAAGAAUGCUUGCAAAUGUUGAUAGAAAGGAAUAAAAAUGUUUCCAAUUGCUUGGAUAAUGUUCACGAGACUGUUUUAAAAAUUUGUCAAGAGUUAGGUAAAGAAAAUGUUUCUUCGAAAGCAUUAGAAGAAUCUAAGAAUGAAGCUACAGUUAAUGACGUCACUGAUACUAUUGAAAAGAUCCAACAAAGUUUCUGUGGAGGUGAAAAACAAAAUGUUCUAGAAAAGACUCCGGAAGUGACACAACAUUCAUUUCUUGAAAUGACUAACAGCACUCACAAUGCUCAAAAUACUCAAAAUGAUAUUGAAUUAGAAAACAGCGGCGUAAAUUCAAGUGAACCUUCUCCUAAAGCUUUUGUAGACAUUAAAAAUCAAGAAACAAAAAGAAAUGAAGAAGUUAAAGAAAAAGAUUUAUCAUCAUCAACAAACAGAGUAGGUGGAAAGAUUAUAGAAGUAGGAAACAGCGGAGUAAAUUUAGGCGAAUUUUCAACCAAAGCUAUUGCAGUCGUUAAAAAUCAACAAACAAAAAGAAAUGAAGAAGUUGAAGUAGAAAUUGUACCACCAUCAACAAACAGAAUACAUGGAAAGAUUAUUGAACUACGAGCAAAGCCAGCCACUUUCGAUAUACCUGGAAACAAAUCAAUGGAGAAUCUCAAUUAUAAUCAGAUCAACCCAACAUUAUCUUCAACAUUAAUUGAUGACGACAAUGAAAGGUGCAAAUAUUUAAAUGAUGAGUUGAAUUAUUGA